GUUGCCUUAUAUAAUAGAGAUGGAGUAAUGAGUAUUCACAACACCCUGCCCAAACCCUGAACUUUAGAAACCUCUCACUCGAACGCAUACGGAGACUCAGGCUCGAAUGGUUCUUCAAAGCUCGUUCCACGUUUAGAUUACAAAUCUUUUGAGACCCGUCUCUUUCGUAAUUAUUCCUGUUUUCUGGAAUAUAAAUGGCUUCUUUGUUCAAGGAUCUAAAUAAGCUCUCAGCUUAUCGGGAUAGGAGAUUUCCUGGAUCACAAGAAGAAUUAGAAGCACUAAAGAACUCAACUACUGUUUAUAGAAACAUGUCUUUCUACACAACAGAAGAGCAAGUUUAUGAGCUGUCUCGGGUUGGAGAGAUUAAAAAGAUGAAUGGUUUGGAUAAGAAUUCAAAAACCCCUUGUGGAUUUGUUUUAUAUUACUCCAGAGAAGACACCGAAGAUGCUGUGAAGUAUAUAAGUGGGACUAUACUUGAAGAUCGUCCUAUCCGUGUGGAUUUUGACUGGGGUUUCCAAGAGGGUAGGCAGUGGGGACGUGGUCGAAGUGGUGGUCAGGUGCGUGAUGAAUAUCGAACGGACUAUGAUCCUGGUAGAGGUGGUUAUGGAAAAUUGGUCCAGAGAGAGCUUGAGGUGCAGAGGACGCUUGUAGACUAUGGUGCUGGAUCUUUGGGAGGUUUUCAGCCAGUUGCGCCAUCUCACUAUGGUCGACAUGAAAGGAGCCAUGGUCAUGGAGGCUCUUAUCGGCAGGGCAGAGAUCACCAUCGGAAGCGACAUCGUGAGGAUGAACGUCAUCCUGCUGACAUGCCAAAGAGAAACGAACAGGAACCACGUAGAAACUCUGAUCAUGAAUCUAGACCGGAGAAAAAUCCGCGAUUCCGUGAAAGUGGGGACUCCGAUGAUGAUGACGAUGAUGACCAGAAGCGUCGUACUUAGGUUAACUAGGUGAUAACAUUGUUGAUGAUUCAAGCUCAAGAAUGUUUAGAUUGCAAAGGAACUGUAACCUCUGUUAAUUUGAUAGAUAGUAGUUUAAAUCUUUCUGUUAAAUACUCUCCACAUCAUUUUAGGUUUUAAGAUCCCAAACACUUGUUCAUGCAGCAACUGUGUGAAAUGGUGCAACACAGUAACACUCUUGAUACCAACUUGCACCUGAAUUCUUUCUUGUCCUUAUUCUGAGUUCCUUUGCUUCAAUCUGCUAAAUAUAAUUCUUUAUUUAUGGACCA